GUUUUCCCUUUAAUCAGUUGGUUUUAUCUAUAAAGUUAACCAUGUCCUAAUAAAAGGAAACUUCUGCACUAACAUUGCCAUAUCUUCAUAUUGAUGUUGAGUGUUGUUUAAACUGGGAAGUAACAUGUGGGGAGUACUGUCGCGGUUACCGGCCUCAGCUCGCGUCCUGAUCUUGGUCCAGUCAUUCCUUCGGUUCCAGCCAAUCCACAUGGGAGAGACCAUGUCGCGUCCUUCUACAAUGCCAACACCACAAAACGCUCUUCCUGGAAGGGACGAGGUAAUCAAAGUAGCCCCUAAGCAUGUUGUAAAUGGAAACCCAACCGUGCCUCCAUUUCCGGCAGAGAUCCAGACUGCAAUGUUUGGCAUGGGCUGUUUCUGGGGAGCAGAAAGGAAAUUCUGGAAACAACCCGGGGUGUUCUCAACACAGGUUGGCUACUCUGCUGGUUACACGAAGAAUCCGACGUACAAGGAGGUCUGCACUGGAUACACAGGCCACAAUGAAGUGGUUCGCGUCCAGUUUGAUCCCAACAAUACCUCUUUUGUCGAACUCCUCAAGGUGUUUUGGGAGAACCACAAUCCAACUCAGCUUAAUCGUCAAGGAAACGAUCAGGGCACCCAGUACCGCUCUGGAAUCUAUUAUUACAGCGACGAACAGAAAGAAGAGGCCCUGGCAACUAAAGAAGAAUAUGAAAAACUCAUCCAGGCUAAAGGAUAUGAAAAAAUUGUCACAGAAAUCUUACCAGUUGCUGAGUUUUAUUAUGCAGAAGAUUAUCACCAACAGUAUUUACAUAAAAACCCGAACGGCUAUUGUGGAUUAGGGGGUACAGGGGUCAGCUGUCCUAUUGGAUUAGGAGUCGGCAAGAAAAAGCAGGGGAAAAGUGACCUUUGAUGAAAUAUAUUUAUUUGUUUAGAGACUUAUUCAAUAUAUACCAAUCAGACUCUUUUCGACAUGCAAUCAUAUAAAUAUGUUUUUUUUCUCAAUAAUUCAUAAAGGUAAAGCUAUUGUGAAUGACUAUGUAGUAUUUUACCCACACACAGGAUAUUAAGUGCAGGCAUGGGGGUAUAUUAAAGUCGUUGGUUUUCAUUGUUUCUAGAUUUGAUAAAUCAAAUGCUACUUAACACUUUUUAUAUUUAAAUAAUGUUGGUACUCUUGUGUCAUAUCAUAAAAUACAUGUAUGAUUUUGAUUUCAAAACACUCAAUGUCCACAUAAAUAACCCUUUUCAACUUAAAAUGAAUUAGCUGAUUUUUUUCUGGAUGAUUACUCUAGAUUGUCUUGAUAUAUGUAAGUAAAAGUAUGUGAAUAUACAUACCAUUUGGGAAUACAAUUUUAGGUUUGGUGUUGGAUACAAAGCAUUAGACUUUGACAGAAUGAUUGCUCUUUGUGAUACAAAUACCCUCCCCCCCCAAAAAAAUUAUUUCAAGACAAUUAUGAAAGGAUUAAUAUGUUUAAAUUAUUUUAAUGAAAUGUAGGUGAAAUAUAUGUUUGUAAAAUAAACUAUUCAUUUUGAUUAUGUACUUGGACACCAAGUUGAUCUAACAUUGGUUUUGUGUAAAGAAUAAAUGUACAAUAAGUA